AUGAGUGAGGACAGCAAGCGCAAAAUUCCUGCCUAUCUGCGCAAAAAAGCGCAGGUCAAGUACGGCGACGAUCACCCAGUAAGGACGCGUUCAGCCAGGCGCACCUUUGAGUCGAAUGUUUGGUUACAUCUCAUGGUGUUGGCCGCCCGUCUCUGUCACAUGAACGUACAGGAUGCUGCCUUGCUACAACUAUUACCCGUGCCUGUGACCAUCGUUGGCAACAAAUAUGAUGUGUAUCGGGAUGAAAGCCUUCUGAACCGCUGUCGAGCCAUGUGGGCGCACCACGUCUUCAAGAUUCCCUACACCUCAAAAACGGCCUCGUUCGAUCACAACAAGCCGUUGAUCAUCUCUGCUGGUGCCGAUUCCUUUGGCAGCAUCGGUGUGGCCCGCAAGCCUUUGCAUCCCGAUGAUCAACACACUUAUCUUUGCGACUACCCUUGCCCCCAACAAGCUUGCUCAUGUGACGUGACGCCACAUCGACAUGGAUGUGUAGGUGCCCCCCCUUUGGAUGCUGAGCAUGCCGUAUCCGCCCGCACCCCGCAGGCCAUGUGGCAAGCCGUGUUCCAGCAAGCAGUGCCUAAAGCUCCGAAGACAGACGUACAAGCGGCCGUGGAUGAUCCAGCUGCCCACCAAGACUUUAAGGAACCUUCAAUUGACGCUGCCCGUGCGCGCAAGGAUGAGCUCAGACCUGAAAACGGUGUAUCAGCCCAGCUGUCAUGCCACACCAUUGACUUGGCCCGAACCAGCCAGACCAACCAGACCAAAGAAACUAAAAGCGCUCGUCAAGACAAAGCGUCGUGCAAUUGUAACGCCAACCGAAAGUAUUCAUCGGUUCGCUCGUAG